CUACGCAUCGCCCUCUCUCUCCAGAUCCUGAACACUCAUACUACCAUUGCCAAUACCACAAAUCAUCUUGAAUUCCUCCUUCUGCUGCGGCAAUCUUCGCUCAAGCAACAAGCUAAUCUACUUCUUCGGCAAAAAGCCUUUCCCCAGACAAUCUCUCCUCCUCUCUCCAAUCACAUCACUUCCUCACCAAAAACACCACCUCAUCUCCAACAUCAAAUCAUCUCAAGCCCUCAAAACCAAGAUGCCCCUCCUCACCAACUACGCAACCUUGGAGAGCAUCUUCGCCGGCGCCGACCACUUCUGGAGCACCUGGCUUCAGAUGUUCUUGGUGGGCAACGGCAUCACCGACCUGUCAAGGGUCACCAUGUUCCAGAUUCUCCUCGCCCUCCUCGCCUCCUACCAAGCCGCCUUCGCACGCAACGACACCGCUGCGAUCCGCCGCUUCUUCGAGCUCCUGGAGCACUCCGAGUCUUGGGCCACCACCCGCAACCACAACCGCACCUCCGCCGACAAUCUCGCCUGGGUCCCUCGCACCAACGAGGCAGACGCGGCCCCAUUCCCGAACUGGUGGCGCUCAAACAUGGGAGAGCGGGAGCCCCCGGCCGACAUGUACUCCGCGCUGGAAGCCCUCAUCCGGGAACUGGAGCACCUGUUGACGGAGGAGAAUGGCAACUUGCGCCAGGUCUACUACCUCCUCCGGUCGUUGAGGGUGUACUACCUGGGACACUAGG